AUGGCGACACCCAGAGGAAUGAGAUCCAAGUCCAUUGGUCAUUACAUCCUGGGAAAGACCAUCGGUGAAGGGACCUUUGGCAAAGUGAAGCUGGGCACCCACAUCCUCACGGGCGAGAAGGUGGCCGUGAAAAUCUUGGAGAAAGAGAGGAUUGUUGAUGUGGCGGAUGUGGAGCGCGUGGCGCGCGAGAUCCACAUUCUCAAGCUGGUGCAACAUCCCCACAUCAUUCAGCUCUACGAGAUCAUUGAGACGCCGAGACAGCUGUAUCUCAUCAUGGAGUUCUGCUGUGGUGGAGAACUCUUCGACUACAUCGUGGCGCAAAACCGCGUGAAGGAGAGCGAGGCAGCGCGCUUCGUGCACCAGAUCAUGGCGGGUGUCGAGCAGAUCCACCGGAUGAACGUCGUGCACCGGGAUUUGAAGCCAGAGAAUCUUCUGCUGGAUGAGCAGAAGAACAUCAAGAUCGUGGAUUUUGGUCUCAGCAAUACCUACCAGGAUGGUCAGCUCCUGAAAACGGCUUGUGGCUCACCCUGUUACGCAGCCCCGGAGAUGGUGGCAGGUCAACGAUACGUGCCAUCGCGCUGCGACGUGUGGAGCUGUGGCGUGAUCCUCUUUGCCCUCGUCUGCCCGGGCACCCGGGUGAAGGAGAUCGGAUCAGAGGGCGGCUACUUGCCCUUUGAGGAUCAAAACACAUCGGCUUUGUACCGAAAGAUCCUCAACGCAGACUACCAGGCGCCCAAAUUUAUCUCCGAAGGUGUUCGGGAUCUCAUUUCCAGGAUGCUGAAUACGGACCCCGAGACUCGUUAUACGAUCUCCAAGAUCAGAACUCAUCCAUGGUAUCGGCAGAUUCCGGAAGCUGCCCUCCCGGCGUCUGCAGGCAUGCGAUGCGCGCAUCCGGAUGGCCCUGGAAGCAAAGUCCUUGAGGAAGAUGUGUUGGAUCAGCUCGAUCGCUUUGGCUUCCCCAGAGACUACGCUGCCAAGUGCUUGGAGAUGGGAAAGCACAACCAUGUCACCACCACGUACCACCUCUUCGUGGAGAAGAAGAAGCGCUCCGGCGGCUUCUUAAAGACCAUGGAUCAACGCACCCACGCGGGCUUCGAGGGCGCGCUGGAGCAUGAGAUGGAACUGCCGGCGGAGCGCGGCGAAACGCCCCCGCCCUUCCAGGAGGGAAAGCAGGUCAUGUCCCGAGAUUCGGUGCGAGGAUCUGAGGCGACCACCGCCGGGGAUGCCCAGAACACGAGUGUGGGCGUUCCCGAUGCGGACCGCGCGGCCGGCGGCACCGACGCCGAAACGCGGCGGAAGACGCCGGAGCCGAACUACGGGAACUGGGCCCGGGGAGCCUUUCCGGGACAGAUGCCGCACCCGCGCACGCCGCCGCAUGCCAAGCGGAGUGCACGAGAGGCGAGCGAGGCCUCGACCCACGCGGAGCCGUCCGGGUGCCCGGGUGGGGACCGGGUGCCGCUUCGGUUGGAGGUCGAGCGAGACGGACGCGGAGAGGUCGAGCUGAGGGACCAGAGAGACCAAGACCAGGCCAUCACACGCACCGCUGUCAGAAUUGGGCAGGGCAGUCGUGGCGCGGAGCGGCGAGACCUGCCGGACGCCUCAGUCCGAGCCAGAAGCGUCGACUGGUUGAUCUCAACGAUCCGGAAGUCUGGUGCAGAUCGACGGAAGGUGGGCUCCUGUGCGGAUCGGGUGUGGAUGAACACCGACGGAAACUGCCCCAACGCCUCGAAGCAUGCCUCCAGCAGGUACUCCCACGCCAGGUACGACGGUCGCCGCGUGAGACCGUCGCGGAGGGUGGAUGUGUGGACGUCGUUUGACGGUGGUGAAGAGGCGCUGGCCGCAGCAGCACCCCCAGCCGGGGGCGGCCGCCGCAAGGUGACCGGCCGUUGCGAUGGAAUUUGGGCGACGGAGUUGGCUGGCGGUUUGGCGGUUUGGCGAGCCUGGUGAUGUUUGGAGCUUGGGAUGGGUGGGCAUCGAGGGUCCAAUCUUGCUAGACGAUUGGAAAAGACACGUGUGUGUUAGUGUGUGGGUGUGGGAAAGGGUACCAUUCCUGUUUAUCCUUCAAGAAGUUUUUCUUCUUUCCGUUUGAGCCAUUCCCCCCAAAAGGAUGUGAUGUGAUAAAGACCAGUGGCACCAUCAUGGCUCUUGAUCAACCUCUUCCGCACAAUCUCGAAGAAUCUGGGUUCCGAAUGAUGCACUGAUGGGACUUCCUUUUCAUUGGCAGUCACUGGCGUUUGGGACGUGGUGAACGCCUUUUUCCUUGAUUUCAUACAUUCCCUGAGCUUCCAACUUCCAACCACCAUUAAGUCAUAUUAAUUUUACACUACAAGGCGAGGUCCAC